UUUUUCUUUUGUUUUUUCUUUUGUUUUUUCUUUUUUUUGCUACAACGAAAAGCAAACUGUUUUUUUUUUCUUUUCUGAGCUAGUGUGUUGUAUCUUGACAUGUUCCCUUGCAAUAUCCCUAUCGUUAUAUAUUCCUCUGUGCCGUAUGAAUUGGCUGGGAAUCUCCUCCUGCAACCCCUCCUCAAACAACCAUGUGAAUUCCCAAACCACCCAAUGCGUGACGCUGGCUGCUGCGCUGGUUUGAAAAUCUCAUUGGUGAAUGAUGAAUUCCCUGUCUGCCUGGGCCAGCAGCGGAGUCGACAGAGCAGCAGAAGGGCCAAGAGUGUGGAGGACGACGACGAGGGGCAUCUGAUCUAUCGCGUCGGCGACUGGCUACAAGAAAGAUAUGAGAUUAUUAGCACCUUAGGGGAAGGCACGUUCGGCAGAGUGGUGCAGUGCAUCGAUCACCGGAGGGGCGCAGCACGUGUUGCUCUCAAAAUCAUUAAAAACGUCGAGAAAUACAAAGAGGCUGCUCGACUGGAAAUCAACGUGCUGGAGAAAAUCAACGAGAAGGACCCUGAGAACACAAAUCUUUGUGUCAGGAUGUUUGACUGGUUUGACUACCAUGGUCACAUGUGCAUCUCCUUCGAACUGCUGGGGCUCAGCACCUUUGAUUUCCUGAAGGACAACAACUAUCUGCCUUACCCCAUCCACCAAGUACGGCACAUGGCCUACCAGGUGUGCCAGGCCGUGAAAUUUCUGCACGACAACAAACUCACUCACACCGACCUCAAGCCAGAGAACAUCCUCUUUGUGAACUCUGACUACGAGCUCUCCUACAACCUGGAAAAGAAGCGGGACGAACGGAGCGUGAAGAGCACAGCCAUCAGAGUCGUGGACUUCGGGAGUGCCACGUUUGAUCACGAGCAUCACAGCACCAUUGUCUCUACCAGGCAUUACCGGGCCCCAGAAGUCAUACUGGAGCUUGGCUGGAGCCAGCCCUGUGAUGUGUGGAGCAUUGGCUGCAUCAUCUUUGAGUAUUAUGUGGGUUUCACCCUGUUUCAGACGCAUGACAACCGGGAGCACCUGGCCAUGAUGGAGAGGAUCUUGGGGCCGAUUCCUUCUCGGAUGAUCCGGAAGACGAGGAAACAGAAAUAUUUCUACCACGGCCGCCUGGACUGGGAUGAGAACACCUCCGCUGGCCGCUAUGUUAGGGAAAACUGCAAGCCGCUGCGGGUAAGGCGGGGUGGGCAGGAGCACUCGGACCAUCACCGCCUCUUCGACCUCAUCGAGAGCAUGCUGGAGUACGAGCCGUCCAAGCGCAUCACCCUGGCCGAGGCCCUCAAGCACCCCUUCUUCGACAUGUUGGAGAUGGAGCCGAGCACAAAAAUGUGGGACUCUAGCAGAGACAUCAGCCGGUGACGCCGCCGGUGCCAGCCUGCCCUCAGAUUCUAGCCCCCGUGGAGGCCUGCGUGAUUUCUCCUCAGACACUUGGUGCUUUUUUUUUUUUUAAUACCUGAGAAGAACUCCCUGGACACGUUUGUAAAGCUGUUAAUAUGUGAGAUACUGUAAAUAGCCCAUAUUCUAUAUCAGCCUCUGAGCACCACAGGCCUGACCUCCUGCUGCUGCCGUUACCGUGAGGCGAGGGGCCUGGAUGUCCAUGUUGUAAAUACCUCCGUUCAUGUGUCGCUUCGUCUCCUCUUCUCCUGACCUCCUUGGUGUAAAUACUCCAGGACUCGCAGCUCUCUGUAGCUUAUCUGUUUCCUUGUAAGUUAUGGAACUGGUGGGACUGCAUGGGAAUUAUUUUUUGGAUCAAUGUCAUAGCCCAUCCCCACACCAGAGUUUUAUAAGAAUUUUGUACAGUCUUUGUGAAGAAUAAAUAUGAAGUGAA